AUGUCACGAUUAAUCGUAAAGAAUCUCCCUAACGGGAUGAAAGAAGACAGAUUCCGUGACCUGUUUGCAGCAUUUGGGUCUUUAACAGACUGUACCCUCAAGUUCACAAAGGAUGGUAAAUUCCGAAAGUUUGGCUUUAUUGGUUAUGGCUCCGAAGAAGGGGCCGAAGCAGCUCUUAACCAUUUCAACAAAAGCUUCGUUGACACAUCCCGCAUAUCUGUGGAAAUCUGUAAAUCAUUUGGGGAUCCUUUGAAGGCCAAAGCUUGGAGCAAAUAUUCCAAGAAAGAAGCCAAGGAAUCUGCCAAAAGUCAGGAUGCAAAGCAGUCAUCAGGCGACAAUAUAAAACGUUAAAGAAAAAGAAGAAUUCAGCUUUAGAGGAGCUGGAAAAAGACAGUGGCUUCCUAGAGUUUCUUACAGUGCAUCAGAACAGGAGCAAAACCGCAACCUGGACUAACGAUACAAAGGUGGAGCCAGAGAAAGCAAAAAGUCUCCCACGGGAUGAUUACCUCAACUUUGACUCUGAAUCUGAGCAGGAGGCAGAUGAUGAGAAUGAGGAUGAUUUAGAAAAAGAUGGAAAGCUUGCAUUGCAGACUGGAGUUUCUGACAUGGAGUACCUUAAGUCUAAGGUAGUACCGGAUGCCUCAUCUGGAAAUAAGAGUGAGGCAGAACAAAAUGAAAACAAUAAAGAAACUGAUCAGAAUACUCCAAGUUGUAAGAGUAAAAGUCUGGCACCUUCUCCAAAGAACAAAGCCACAAAGAAAGAGAAAAUAACUGUUCAGAAUGAGCCUACAACUCCGUAUACCAUUAAGCUGAGGGGAGCACCCUUCAAUGUAACUGAACAAAAUGUGCGUGAAUUUCUUUUGCCACUGAGGCCAGCUGCAAUAAGAAUAGUGAGAAACUGUCAUGGCAACAAAACGGGUUAUAUCUUUGUGGAUUUGAAAAAUGAAGAUGAGAUUAAAAAAGCCCUUAAAAAGAAUAAGGACUAUAUGGGUGGAAGAUACAUAGAAGUGUUUCAGGUUGAGCAAGCAAAGGCCACUUCAGUCUUGGAGAAAGUACAUAGCAGACCAUGGGAAAUAAAGAAGAAUGAUUCUGAGCUGCAGGAGGAUUUAUCAGAAUCUGGAAGACUGUUUGUCCGAAAUCUGCCCUACAGCUGCACUGAGGCAGACCUAGAAGCAUUGUUCUCCAAAUACGGACAAAUUUCUGAGAUCCAUUUUCCCAUUGACAAGCUAACCAAGAAACCAAAAGGCUUUGCCUUUGUUACGUUCCUUAUUACAGAACAUGCUGUAAAAGCCUAUGCCGAAGUUGACGGACAGAUAUUUCAGGGCCGGAUGUUGCAUGUUCUUCCCUCAACAGUAAAAAAAGAAGAGGAAGCCGAGGAGGCUGCAGAAUCCUCCAGAUAUAAGAAACAAAAGGCUCUGAAGGAAAAAGCCAAUAGCUCCAGCGCCCACAACUGGAAUACACUGUUCAUGGGUACCAGCUCAGUGGCCGAGGUGAUUGCUCAGAAAUACAAUACUAGCAAAAGCCAAGUGUUGGACCAUGAAGGAAAGGGAAGUGUAGCUGUCAGAGUUGCUUUGGGAGAGACACAAUUAGUACAAGAUGUUCGUCAGUUCCUAAUGGAAAAUGGAGUCAGUCUGGAUUCUUUCAGCCAGGCCUCUGGACCGCGCAGUAAAUCUGUAAUCUUAGUGAAAAAUCUCCCAGCUGGUGUUCAGGUUUCCGAACUACAGGAAGUGUUUGGGCGGUUUGGAGACCUGGGCAGGGUGUUGCUGCCAGAAGGUGGCAUAACUGCCAUUGUGGAGUUCAUUGAGCCAACUGAAGCCAAGCAAGCAUUUCGUAAACUUGCAUAUACAAAGUUUCAGCAUGUGCCUCUGUACCUGGAAUGGGCUCCUAUGAAUGUGUUUAACACCCCACCUACAGGAAAGAAAACUGAACUGGUAAAUGAGGACAAGCCUGCAAAAGAAGAAAAAGAUAACAUUAUCCCAGGACAUGAAGAAGCUCAGACUGACAGACAGAGUGAAUCUGAGGAGGAAGAAACGCUUCUUGGCUGUACAUUAUUUAUUAAAAACCUAAAUUUUAACACCAGCGAGGAAACACUUAGAGAGGUCUUUUCGAAAAUUGGAGCUGUGAAAUCUUGUAGCAUUUCAAAAAAGAAAGACAAACAAGGUAUACUUCUAUCUAUGGGCUUUGGUUUUGUGGAAUAUAAGAAGCCAGAACAAGCCCAAAAAGCCCUGCGACAGUUGCAACAUUGCACAGUGGAUGGCCAUCAGUUGGAGGUCAAACUUUCUGAACGAGCAACCCGGGAAAAGGUGUCUACUGAUCGCAAGAAACAGAUAAGUAAAAAACAGAAGACCUCGAAGAUUCUGGUUCGAAAUGUCCCCUUCCAGGCUACUGUUAAGGAAAUUCGAGAGCUGUUCAGCACUUUCGGAGAACUGAAGACUGUACGUCUACCAAAGAAGAUGGCUGGCACAGGAGCACAUCGGGGUUUUGGCUUUGUGGACUUUGUAACUAAACAAGAUGCUAAGAGGGCUUUUAAUGCUCUUUGUCACAGUACACAUUUGUAUGGCCGAAGGCUGGUCCUGGAAUGGGCGGACACUGAGGAGAGUUUGGAGGAUCUAAGGAGAAGGACAGCGGAACAGUAUCACGGUCCUCCAAAAAAAGAAAAGCAAAGCUUCUGCGGUGAUGGAGGAUUUCAUGGAGAGCAUACAGCCAGAUGAUCUGGAUGAAUAA